AUAAGAAUUAAAAAAAAGAAGACAGGAAAAAGAAAAGCAACUUUGGACAAGUCUGAUAGAAGAGUUGGUAUUGGGGACGCAGGGCUUGCCGCUGACGGGACACUCUGGAAUUCAUUUAUCCUGCUGGGUAUAUUUGGCACCUCCACCGCUACAACCACUUGAGAAUGCCGGCCCAGCUAGGGAUCAAGUUAUCUCUGUUGUCGCCCAAGCCUGCUAAGGGAUGAGGCAGAGCUUCGGUUCAGGAGCUUCCCUUGCACAGUAAUAACAUAACUGCACCAAGUUGAGUCAGCGAGAGUACAUAAUGGAGGAGAACGACAGCUUCGGCCCAGAGGUGGGCAUGGACCAGAUCAUCUUCGACCACUAUAACCACUCGGGAAAAUGGGGCCGACAGAAGAGUGCAGACGCCAGCAAAAUGGUUUUGCUUCUGCUCAUAUGUGCCUUCAUAGUGUUGGAAAACAUGCUGGUACUCAUUGCCAUAUGGAAAAACAAAAAGUUUCACAAUAGCAUGUACUACCUCAUUGGGAACCUUGCCCUGUCUGACCUGCUGGCAGGUGUAGCCUAUGUGGUCAACAUUUUCACUUCUGGCCAAAGAACCUACUUCCUGACACCCCGCAUGUGGUUUAUGAGAGAAGGUAGCAUGUUUGUGGCCCUCAGCGCCUCCACUUUCAGCUUGUUGGCUAUUGGCAUCGAACGGCACAUGACCAUGGUUAACAUGAAGCCCUACAACGCCACCAAGAAGUACCGACUAUUCAUCUUGCUGGCUGCUUGCUGGGUCAUCUCCAUUUUCCUUGGGGCUCUGCCAAUUCUGGGCUGGAACUGCAUCAAUGACCUUCCCAGCUGCUCCACAGUCCUGCCCCUUUAUUCCAAAAGUUAUGUGGCCUUCUGCAUCAGCAUCUUCACCUUUAUCCUUCUUGCCAUCGUCAUUCUCUACGUGCGGAUUUACCGGCUAGUGAACUCCAGCAGUCAGAGAGUGGCCACCAGAAACAACAGCCAGUCUGAGCGCUCCAUGGCGCUGCUUCGUACGGUCGUCAUUGUGUUGGGUGUCUUCAUCGUAUGCUGGGCCCCUCUUUUUGUAUUUCUCAUGUUGGAUGUGGCCUGCAGCCCUAAGCAGUGCCCCGUCCUGUAUGAAGUGGACUGGUUUAUUGCACUGGCCGUACUCAAUUCAGCCCUCAACCCACUCAUUUACACGCUGUCCAGCAGGGAGAUGAGAGGAGCCUUCUUCAGGCUGCUUUGCUGUUGCAUGAUGGACCAGAAGAACGUAAAAAAUAUCACUCAGGCCCCCACAGUGGACAACAGUGGCAGCAAAUCAAGCGGAACCCUAACUCGAAGGGCUCAUGACGAAAUGGACUCUCCUGCUGUUCUUAUUUCCGCUGUGCUUGUCAAAGCCAAGGGAUUUUCUCAGCAGAAGGGCAAAACCUAAAGCCCAAAAUAUAACCAAAAUGCAUGUGUGCCAUGCUACAGGGAUUAAUGUGAACUUAAAGCAAGAACUUUUGUUUAAAUAUUGUUCUCAUUUAACAAGCCUCCUGACAUUGGAUUGGUUGGAGACUCCGGAAGUUCCACCUGUAACUUUUUACAAGGUCCAAAAAAAACUGACAAACUGCAAGCAAAUGGAACCAAGUCAAGACACAGUGUCAUCCAUUCAAGUCGAGAAGGACAGAAGCGUUCAGUGUGCACAAGCCUGAGGUGACAAGGGAACUCCAUAUUGGAAUAUUGAGUGUGGCUGGCAGGAGUCAUACCUGAACAGACGCCUACAGUUCAUUCUCACUGGGAUCACACUGAGGAUUCAUAAUGCAGUAGCAGAGUGUGCACACACACGUAUAUUCUAGGAGAGGCAUCCUGAAUUGCCUUGAUUUGUAAAUUUGCACAGUACUUUAUUAUGCUGUACAGUGAUUUGUAGCAUUCUGCUUUCUUUUUGUAAGAUUUUAAUUUAUUCUAAAAAAUGACGGUCGACCAAGUCUUUGGACUAAUGAAGGUCGGGCAGUUAUUGCUCUCUGCACACUAACGAGUGUGUUUGGUUUAAUGCGUAUUGUUGCUACUGUAUAUAGACACGCUUACUCACUUCUCCAUUUCUAGCACCUCUCUAUCCCCAGUAUUGAUCCAUAUACUGUACGCCCAAUUUUCUCUCCAAUUAUUGAGCUAAUAAGCUUAGCUGCUAGGAGCUUCUCCCUGACUUCUUCCCUCUACCAGUCAAGAUGGGUCUUAUUUCCUGUGAUAACUAAUGUGAAGGAGGUGAAACUGCUUAGUUAUUUCUUUUAUCUUCAUCUAAAACUAACAUGUUACUCAGUGGCUCACUUAAGCAGUAUGUGCCGGAAGUGUGGGAUCCCCCUCUCUUUUAACCCAAUCUUGUGCACCAUUCAUUGGCCACCUGCCUAAGACUGGGUUUGCAUGAAAUAACCAAUAAGACCAAACCAGAGGAAAAUACAUUGUUAAAUAAAAUAAAUAUUUGGAAUAAAUAAGGCUUUAUUCA